UCCCAGAGCUUCUUGUAUUCAACAGAACAUCCCCAGAACCUCUUCUACCCAACGGGACAACCCUAAAACCUCUUGUAUGCAAUGGAAUAACCCUAGAACCUCUUAUACUCAACGAGACAAUCCACAGUCUUCCUCUCUACGGGACAACCCUAGAACUUCCUCCCCUCGAUGCUGCACACAACGGGACAAUCCCAGGAAUUCUUCUCCCCAUCGUACUAACAAAGAUAUUCCCUGGGCCUCCUUUCCUCUCCGCCCAACCCAGACUGAAGGCCCCCGAACCUCUUCCCCAUCUCGCUCCAAGCAAAGUGAGGUUCCCUGGGCCUCCAUUGCCCUUCGGCCAACCCAAGGGGACAGGCCUCCUCAGACCUCAUCUCCUACUAGGCCAACUCUGCGCGACCCACCUCUCUCGUCCUCCGGAUCUACUCGACACAACUCACCAUCUCCGGCCGCUUCCUCCUCCCAUAACCCCGGCCCCCACAGUGCCUCCCGGACUUCUUCACCUCUGUACCCUGCUACCUGCGGGGCACCCCAGACCUCUUCUGAGCCCUCCCAGCCUCCAUGUUCUGUGUGUAUUGGGCAUCGGGAUGCCCCUCGAGCUUCCUCACCUCCUCGCUAUUUGCAACAUGACCCCUUCCCCUUCUUCCCAGACCCCCAUGCACCUGAGAGUGAAUCGCCCCACCACAACCCCCCCUAUAUACCUCCAGCUGUGUGCAUUGGACACCGGGAUGCCCCCCGGGCUUCUUCACCCCCCCGCCACACCCAGUUUGACCCCUUCCCCUUCCUCCCAGACACAUCAGAUGCUGAGACUCAGUCCCCCCAGCAUGACCCUCCUCAGUUCCCCCCACCUGUGUGUAUUGGGUACCGUGAUGCACCCAGGGCCUCCUCCCCACCGCGCCAGCCCCCAGAGCCCUCCCUGUUAUUCCAGGAUCUUCCCAGGGCCAGCACUGAGAGCCUUGUCCCCUCUACAGACUCUCUGCACGAGCACCCCACAUGCCCACCCCCCGUGUGCAUUGGGCACCGAGAUGCACCCUCCUUCUCGUCCCCACCACGCCAGGCUCCUGAGCCCUCCCUCUUCUUUCAGGAUCCCCCAGGGACUAGUAUGGAGAGCCUGGCCCCCUCCACUGACUCUCGGCAUGGCUCCCCAAUGCUGCCCCCCCAAGUGUGCAUCGGGCACCGGGAUGCACCUAGAGCCUCCUCCCCACCCCGCCACCCCCCCAGUGACCUAGCGCUCCUGGCACCCUCACCUCCGCCAGGCAGCUCGGGGGGCUCCCGGGGCUCAGCAGCCCCUGGGGAGACCAGGCACAACUUGGACAGGGAGGAGUACACCGUGCUGGCUGACCUGCCCCCGCCCAGGAGGCUGGCGCAGAGGGAGCCAGGGCCCCAGUGCAGCAACGGGGGCCGCACCCGCAGCCCUGGCCGCGCGGAGGUGGAGCGCCUCUUCGGGCAAGAGCGCAGGAAGUCCGAGGCACCGGGGGCUUUCCAGGCCCGGGACGAGGGGCGGUCGCAGCGGCCCAGCCAAGGUCAGAACCAACUUCUCCGAAGACAGUCCAGCCCUGCCCUCAGCAGGGAGGUAACCAAGCCCCUUGCGAAGCAGGCAGAACCGGCCCGGAGGAGACAAGCAGAGCCCCCUCAUCCCAGGAGCCCCGAGAGGCAGCCUGAAGGGGACCGGCAGCUCCAGGGGUCCUCGCUGCCCCCAAGGACAUCAGCCAGGACCCCUGAGAGGGAGCGACGGACAGAGAGACCUUUGGAAAGUGGCCGGGCGGGCCCAAGACAGCCUCUGGGGGGGUGGCAGAGUCCAGAGGAGCCUCCAGGAACCCAGGGCCCUCACAGACAUCUGGAGAGAGGGUGCGGCAGCCUGCAGGAGGGCCCAGGCCUGGGGGGCUGGCAAGGACUUGGGGAGCCCCACCGGGGGGUUGCCAAAGCCCCAGAGGGAACUUGGAGGGGCCCUCUCAGGGAGUCCGAGGAGAGCUGGGGGCAGCUGGGUGGCCCCACCGGCCACAGGGGGCAGGCAGAGGCCUGGGAGGAGCCCCCCAGUAAUGGGUUGUGGGAGUCCCCCGACAGGUCAGCUCAGAGAGGUUGGGGCAGCCUGCAGGACCUGCCCAGUGCUCACCAGCUUAGGAGCCCCCCAGAGAACUCCAGGAUAGACCCAGCAGAGUUCUUGAAAUCCCAGAGGCCUGAGACACCCACCACCAUGGGCUGGGGGGCUGAGGGAACGUGCCCACACCUGCACAGCCCUGAGAGGCAACGUGAGCUCGACGGGAGGGACCUCGUGGGCCUUCUCGGGGCGCCCAGAGAGGGGGCCUGGGCCCGCACGGAGGAGUCGACGCUCACCUCCCACCUUCCCAGGUUGGGCUGGGAAGGCCUCCUGGAGCUCCUGCAGGCCCAGCUGUCCCGCAAGGACCCAGCUGGACACUGGGGUACCCCGGCCCCGGCUUCAGGGCCAGAGGUGGGUUCCCCAGGCACAAAUGGUGCCCCAGAGCUAGAGCGACAGGGCCAGCCUGAUAGCUGGGAGGAGUCCACCCUGGUCAAUGGACAGAGCGCUGGGCAGUGGCCCCAGAGCUCCGCCCAGCCGCCCAGCCCUGCCUGCAUCGCCACCCAGUGGCCAAAGACCAAAGUGACGAGUGGACCAGAGACCUCAGCUAAGGCUGGUCUGGAGGAGUUGGGCCCGCUGGGAAGCAGGAGCCCUGCAGAGGGUCCCAGCUUGCCAGACUGGGAGUUCCAGUCAGAGGAGCCUGAGGAGUCAGAACCAAGCAAAGGCCAAGACUCACUGACCGACCAGAAGCAGGCAGACUCGGCAGACAAGAGGCCAGCGGAGGGCAAGGCUGGGAGCCCACUCAAGGGCCGACUGGUGACCUCAUGGCGGAUGCCCGGGGACCGUCCCACGCUGUUCAAUCCGUUCCUGCUGUCUCUGGGGGUUCUCAGGUGGCAAAGGCAGGGUGAGGUCUGUGGACCGGGGAAGCAGGGGCAGGUGUGGUCGGUGGUACGGGGCCCCAGGGAGGAGAGGUGGAGACGGCCGGCCCGGGACGGGCCUGCCCCUGAGGCUCACCGCCUGGGGCUGGAGAAGGGCCACCGUCCGGGCAGCGGGGGCAGCCCCGGGACGAAGCUGGCCUCCCACCCGCAGGAAGCGUGCGAGCGCAGCCUGGCCGAGAUGGAGUCCUCACACCAGCAGGUGAUGGAGGGGUUGCAGAGGCACCACGAGCGCGAGCUGCAGCGGCUGCAGCAGGAGAAGGAGUGGCUCCUGGCCGAGGAGACGGCGGCCACGGCCUCAGCCAUCGAAGCCAUGAAGAAGGCCUACCAGGAGGAGCUGAGCCGGGAACUGAGCAAGACACGGAGUCUCCCACAGGGCCCCGAUGGCCUUCGCAAGCAGCACCAGUCAGACGUGGCGGCGCUGAAGCGGGAGCUGCAGGUGCUGUCCGAGCAGUACUCGCAGAAGUGCCUGGAGAUCGGCGCCCUGACGCGGCAGGCCGAGGAGCGGGAACACACGCUGCGCCGCUGCCAGCAGGAGGGCCAGGAGCUGCUGCGCCACAACCAGGAGUUGCACACCCGCCUGUCAGAGGAGAUCGACCGGCUGCGUGGCUUCAUUGCCUCGCAGGGCAUGGGUGACGGCUGUGGGCGCGGCAGCCAGCGGAGCUCCUGUGAGCUGGAGGUGUUGCUUCGAGUGAAGGAGAAUGAGCUCCAGUACCUGAAGAAGGAGGUGCAGUGUCUCCGGGAUGAGCUGCAGAUGCUGCAGAAGGACAAGCGCUUCACCUCGGGGAAGUAUCAGGAUGUGUAUGUGGAGCUGAACCACAUCAAGACCCGGUCGGAGCGGGAGAUCGAGCAGCUGAAGGAGCACCUGCGUCUCGCCGUGGCUGCCCUGCAGGAGAAGGAAGCCAUGCGCAACAGCCUGGCCGAGUAGAGGUCCUGGUGGCCCAGCCCCGCGGCAGACCGUCCCCCGGCCUGAGGGGGCCAGUCAGUCGCCCUCCUUCCUGCUGGAUGGAAGUCAGAAGCCAAGCUUUCUCCCCACCCUCUGUGGGCCGCACGUGCACUCAUACCCACCACACACAGACACACACGCACACACACACGCACACACACACACGUAUGCACACACACACACUCUCUGCGUAUCUGAGCGCGCCCCUCGCACUGGGUCUUACCUUGCACCUUCUUCAGGAUUUUAUAUGUGAAGAGAUUUUUAUAUAGAUUUUCUCCCCCCCCCCCUUUUUUUUUUUUCCCCAAAAACACUUUAUACUUUGAAGAAAGCAAUUCCUGGUGGCCAUGUGCCUCCAUCACGGGCUCCCCCUCUGGCCCUAGCCCCCUGCUCAGGCUUCUGGGCCUGUGGCCCUGCCCCAGGGGUCUAGCAGAGGCCCAGCAGCGGCCGGGGCAGGGUGGACUCUGGUGGGAGAGGCGGGGAGCCAGCCACCCUCUUCCUUCCCUACCUCCCACUAACUACUUCUUGCCCUGAGGCGACCACACCUUGGGACUCUGGACAGAGGGACAGACGGACAGAGGGAGCCGGCAGCUGUCCCUAAGGCCUCACCUCCUCCUCCUCCGAGGGGGUGCUGGACGUGGAAACGCUGGAGCCGCGCCAUGAAGGCUCCUCUCCUGCUCCAUGAGCCUUCUUAACUUAAUAAAAUGUUCCCGCAG